AUGAGCUCAGGUAAGAAUCUUUUAACCUAAAGUAAUAUUUUACGCUUUUCUGGGGCGUUUUUUACUUCCAGUAUAACAAAAAGUAGCAUAUUUUGAUGAUAAUUCAAUAUAUUAUAAUUUACUAAUAUUCGUAUUUUAGACCCAAUCUCCCACUACACAUUCCCAUCGACCUCUAUGUUAACCGAGCUAGCCAGUAGAUCAAAAACAAAAUGUGGAGAUUGUAUAGGAUGUUUGCGACAGAAUAAUUGUGAAAAAUGCCUGAAUUGUAUAGCAAAAAGACCUUGUUUAAAAAGGCUUUGUGUUCAAACUCAAAUCAUUCUUGAAGCUAAUGGGCGGCAUGAGGAUGGUGAGUCGGAAAAUUUUUUAAAAAAUAAUUUGAACUUUGGGGAAAAUUUUAAAGUUUAUUGAAGUUUUUUUUUGUAAAAUAAGAUCCGUAAACUUGAUAUAAAUAGAAUAUUUUUUGAUUUUAAUAGCUUUAACUAUGACUAAGAAACACAUUUUUUACUUUUUUUUAUAAUUUAGUCAUCAAAAAACAGUCUUAAUCAAAAAAUUGUUUUUGACUGCACCGUGCAAACGUUAAAAUUUACUUGCACAAUGCAUUUUUUAACCUUUUAGUCACGGUUUUUGGAAUUUUUUGUAUUAGUUUGCUCUUUUGUCGUAUUUAGAAUAAGUUCUCUAAAAAUUUUAAAAAAAUGAUAUUAAAUUUGUCAUUUUAGAGAUACCCAAGUCCAAAAAGCCCCAAAAGAAGAUAGGACGACCAAAAAAGGCACCACACGAGAGGAAGCCACGAAAAAGGUCUACAACAACAUCGUCACAGCCGAAGGAACGAAAACUAAGGAAUCAGAAGCAGCAGAAGGUCACUGUGAUAUCAAAAGAAGAGGUACGAAGGUCGCGUCAAAAGAAUUGGUCAAUUUUCUUAAGGAAACAGUGGAAAAUUGGACAAUUCUUUUUGACGCGGGCGGGUUUGGUGGGAUAACUUUAUAUUUUGGGCUGUUUUAGGAGAUUGUUGGUAUAGGAGGUUGCAGAUGCGUUAAAUAUAGAAGAUGUAAUAGACUAUAAAGAAUGUCAUGAUCGAAAGAAUUUUUUAGGACAAGGUACCACGACAUUGUUAUGGACCAAAAUGUGACAAAGCCGCCCGCUUUGGCUCAAAAUAUUGUUCAGAUGAAUGUGGCCAAAAUCUGGCUAGAAAACGAAUUGCACUAUUGUUACCUAAGCGUGUACAAGAACACUAUGAACAGUCCCCAAUGUGGAAGGUCGAAACAGACGAAAAGGUGGCGAUAUUAAUGAAGGAACAAGACAAUAUCAAUGAAAGGAUGAAGAUAAUGACGGAUUGUGCUCAGAACUUGGAGCUUUACUUUGCGGUAGGCGUGAUUUAUUUAUGUCUUUGGAGUGGGCUUGAAGUUUUUUUGGAAGAGGGACAACUUUCUGAAAAAAAAUCAAGAACAAGCGGGGGGGGGGUAAAUGUUUGAUUAUAUUUUUUGGGGAUGGAUUUUUUUUAAAAUUUAGAGGAGUGUUUAAAAUUUUGGAUGGAGGUUUUUUAUUUUUUGGUGGUAGGAGAAUAUGGGGGGGGGGGGGGGUUUUGGGUGGGUCACUGUUUUCUUUUAAACUUUUAGGGGGUGAAUUAAGGUAAAAUACGUAGUAUCUUCCUUUCAAAUGAAUAUUUUUAUACUCAACAACAAAUGGGAAGAACUUUCUUUUUGUAAAGGUUUUUUUAACAAAACGGAAAAAAUUUUCUUUACAAACUCAAAAACGGCAAGUACUUUCUUUACAAAACAAAAAAUGGCAAGAAAUUUCUUUACAAACUCAAAAUUUCAAUUUUGCACUGUGUAAAGAAAAUUCUUGCAUACCUUUAUUUUCUAAAUAUAAUAUGUUAUUCAUUGUAUAGCUUGUCGCCCGCAGCCAGCAACAACUAAUAUUUUUCGAAAAAUUUUUAUUUUUUUAAAAUUUACUUUUAAAAAUUAUCGUUUUGGCUCUUUAAAUCCUUUUUAAAUAAAAAAAUGAAAAAAAAUUGAAAUCGUUUCAGACCCUAGCCACAGGCCAACCAGUUCACCAACGUCAACAACAACAAGACGAAGACCCCUCAUUCGUCCACAAUUGUAUGGUCUGUGGGGUCGAGUUGCCAGUACGAUCACUGCCAAAACAUGUGCAACGUUGUUUCGUCCGAAUCGAAAAACAGUCGAGCUUCGGGACGGGUCACAAGUUCGGCAUCAACCCCCAUAACAUAAUGUGCGAGAAGUUUGACAAAAACACAAAAACUUAUUGCAAAAGGCUGAGGGUGAUAUGCUCGGAGCAUUAUAAGGACGACAUUGGGUCUGGUUUUAAGGUAAGAGGGUUUUAACUUGCAAUUUGGAAAAAGAAACUUGAAAAAUUGGUAAUGAUGGCAGUAAUGAUAGUUUAAGGCGUUUUAGGCUUAAGUUUAGAGGUUUAGUUUAUUUUAGACUUAAAAAUGAAGAACUUAAUGUUUUAGGCUUAAGUUUGGGAAUUAUGCUUGAGUUAGGAUUAUAUAUAAAAAAUGUUGAUUAAUAUAUAUUUAGCAAAGACUUUCUUUACAAACUAAAAAAAAUAUCUUUUACAGGGUGCGCGCAAUGUUCUGUUACACGGUUUUUUAAUCAAAUAUUUAUUUUAACAACAAAUAUAACUAAAACAACAACUAAUAAUAGUAACAUAUAGUACUAGUUAUAACAUAGUCAAGCGGUUUCCCUUUGCCACUACGCAGAGGCGUAAACGCUUCACAAAGUUUUCAGCGAUGGGCCGCAGGUCCUGCGGCGAAAGUUUGUCCCACUCUUCGAUCAAUGCUUGUUUCAAAGACUCCAAAGUUUGGUGUCUUCUACAACACACCCUUGCCUCCAAUAUCGACCAAAUACUGUAAUCCAUCGGGUUGAGAUCGGGGGAGUACGGAGGCCAUUCAGCUGAGGUGAUAAAGUCCGGAAAAUGGGCCCGACACCACUCCUGUGUUGUUUUGGCUUUAUGGGCUGGAGCAGAGUCCUGUUGAAACGUCCAUUUGGUGUUCUUGAAGUGUUCUCGGGACCAAGGGAGUACCACAGCUUCCAAAAUGUCCCUUUGGUACACUUCUUUGUUGAUUUUCACACCUUCAUCGACAAAAAUCAAAGAAAUCUUGCCUGAAGCACAGAUACUGGCCCAAACCAUAAUGCCCCGAGGGUGUUGACGACCUGCCACGAUAGAUUGAGCUUUAGGAGGCUCUGUUGAGUAAUAUUUGUCAUUUUGGGGAUUGUAGGCCUCUGUAAAAUGUAAAUAUCCUCUCAUCUGUGAAAAGGAUUCGUUCACAUUUUUGACCAGCGGCCCGCUGCUGAAGCAGUUUACAUCUUUUGAAACGUACCGCCUUGUUUUCUUCAGUUAGCUUCUGAACUUUUUUGAGUUUGUACGGCUUCAUCUUAAUUUUCUUUUCCACUAUGCGCCUCAAAGUAGGUUCUUUGAUUCCCGCCUCCCGGGCCAUUUUUUGUACUGGGGUCCGUGGAUUUCGCUUGAAGCGCUUCAUGAUCAUCUGACGACUGGCCACGGUCUUAACAGAUUCUGGACGACCACUUCUAGGUCUGUCACAGUCAUGUCUAAGCUCUUCGAAACGUUUUACGGCUCUGUGGACUGUCAUUCUUGAAAUAUUCAACAAUUUAGCGAUUUUGGGGUUACUUUUUCCUUCAUUAUGUAAUUUGAUGACGGCAGCCCUCAUGUGUGACAUCUAAAAACAGACAGACAAUAGACAAUGAAGACUUAACUUUUAUGAUUAUACAAUUAGAAAAACACGGAGAAUAAGACAAAAUAAACAAUUUUAAAUAAUUUAACCGCAACAUUGAGAAAACGACCGGUAAAGUUUUGUAACAGAACAUUGCGCGCACCCUGUACUCUAUCUCACCUAUCCUACUUUCCUCUACAUUACCCUGCCUUGUCUUCAGGGUCGGGCGGAAACUUUUGGUCUGGGGGCGGGGUCGAAAAAAUCGGCACAGAUAGUAUACUCUACUUUAUUCUGUCUUACCCUACUCUAAUUUACCUUCUCUUGCCCUACCGUACUCUAUCUCGCUUUACUCUACUUUACCUUACCCUACCUUACCCUACCCUACUUUAUACUACAGUAUUCUGGCUUGCCCAAUUUUGCUCUGCUUUGCCCUUUCCUACUCUGCCUUAUUCUAACUUACAUUACCCUAUCCUACAUUACUCUUCCCGACCUGAUCAACCCUGCCUGGCCCUAACUUGCCCUGUCUUGGCCCUAACCUACUUUACCCUUUGAUACCCUACCCUGCUAUUAGCCUUAACAAAAAAUUUCUGCAUUUCGCCACUUUUUUUAAUUUUUUUUCUUGUUUUAUGAAUGUUUUUAAUUUUGAUUUUCAGAUCUGUGGGUACCCACUAGCCUGGACUAGGUUCAAAGCCUUUCCAUUGGAAGAAAUGUUCCUCAAAAUGGACCUACUAGAAGAUGGAAUGUGCAUGACGGAAAGGAAAAACUGUGAAGCACAUUACAUGUGGGAACAGGUAUGGGAAAACAAUAUUUUUGUUGUCAAAAAGGCUAAUUUUGUUACCUAAACUAUUACUUUUAAACUGAAAACAUCAAUUUGUUACCUAAAACACUAUUGUUUGUCUAAAAUUUUAACUUUGUUACUUAAAAUUACAUUUUUGUAUUAGAAAAUAUUGGUUUUGUUACCUAAAAUAAUGAAAUGAUUUUAUUUGGCUAAAAAACCAGUUUUGAUACCUAAAAUACUGUUUAUUUGCUCUAAAACUAUAAUUUUGUUACCUAAAAUUACAUUUUUUAAUCAUAAAAUAUUGAAUUUCUUACCUAAACUACUAUUUUUUUGCCCUAAAACUCUAAUUUUGAUACCUAAAAUACCAAAAAAUCAUCAAACGCAUCCAUUUCCAGGCAGCCGCGGCCGUGAUCGAGAACCAACGCCUUCAGAUGUUGAUAAGAAUCGACGAGAUUCAGGACGCCUAUCGAAAACUGGCAGAAUCGAACGCCGUCCAAAGGAAUGCCAUUACUUUAUUGAUGAACUCAACCACCAAACAUACGGACAUUCAUGAAGGCAUACAGGAGAAAGUUGGACCACCAAAGCCUGUUCAUGUCUACAAAGAUGAGAAUCAGGAGAUGAUCGUGGAUGUUGAGGAUGACAUUGAGGGGGAAUUGAAGGGCCUUAGGGUAUAA